GAAACGGUUCCUUUAUCCACACCUGAGACCCUAUGGACGCUGGUGAAGAAAGGGACGAAGCCAGAACUAUCACGAGUCCUGUCGAACAUGACGGGGAGGAGCCCGGAAAGGGAGAGUCAUCUAAUCAUAAUGGGGCGCUCCUUGCGAAACCCUCCCGUCCUGUUCGCCGAGAAUAAAUGCCAAGUCAGUCGCCAUAACGAUCCUGUGGUUCACGACCUGAAGAAGCAAUUCCGCGAGAGUCCCGGAUCCGCGACCGUCCCGCUGGGGAAAAAGGCGGAAUUCCGCUGCCAGGCCCCCGACGGCAGCCCGCCUGCGAAAAUCACCUGGCUCAAGGAUAAUCUCCCUCUGGAGGGAUUCCGGGACGGAAACGUCUUCACGCUGUCCACCGGCGACCUGGUCGUCUCUCAAGUGCGGCAGUCGGACGCAGGGAAUUACACCUGCGUCGCGGAAAACCUGGCCGCCAGGCGGCUCUCCGAUCCCGUCACUCUCGCCGUCAGCGUUGACGGGGGUUGGGGCGUAUGGUCGCCUUGGUCUCCCUGCACCCCCGCCUGCGGGAACGGGGUGCAGCAGCGCACCCGCACAUGCACGAACCCGAAGCCCUCGAACGGAGGCAUGGAUUGCUUCGGAGAGGCUCAACAGACGACGCCGUGCCACUCGUUCUGCGCCGGCGUGGACGGAGGCUGGAGCGAAUGGACGAAGUGGUCCCCAUGUGGACCGGAUUGCCUCCACUUCCGCAGUCGGUCAUGUACGAAUCCCCCACCACAACACGGAGGGAACAUCUGCUUCGGUCAGAACCUGGAAUCCUCCAACUGCACCGGCGGCGAAUGCAUCCCGUCGGGUUCGGGGGUGAAGGCAGUCGAGGAAGAUCGAGGAGACGGUUUUACCUCGGAUGUGGGCAUGUAUGUGGGCCUGGGUGUGGCCCUAAUCGUGGCCGGACUCGUGGCUCUAAUUGUCCUUCGUGCCUUGCGGAGGAAGGGAUCUUCUCGUGGCAUCUACUCCAUGGCCAAUUCCAACUAUCAAGGGUCGGAGGAGGAGAAGAAGAGCAUGGUCGAGAUCCACGUGAACUGCGAAUCGGAUUACUCGGAGCCGAGAGUCGCAGGGAAGAGCGAGCACUACUACGACCUGCCGCUGCCUCCGCCUCCGCCCGCGACGACGCCAGCAGCCGCCUCGCCGGAUGCCUCCCCGGCGCACCAUCUCCCCCUGCUCUCCAUCUCGUCGCGGAGCAUGGAGAGCCUUCACUCUGGCACGGUGUCAUCUGGGUCGGACAAGAGCACCCUGACGUGCAAGUCGACGGUGGGGUCUGGAGGGGACGCGAGCAGCGUGGUGUCGGGUCGGGUGUCCUCGUCUGGGGCCCGUCUGUCCUUGCCCGGGGACCGGGUGACCCUAACCAUCCCCGAGGGUGCUCUGCCGGAGGGCAAGUCCAUCCAGAUCUACCUUGCCGUCCUUCGCGAUGAACGCGAUCGGCCCUCUCUUCGAGAUAGGGAGACGCUUGUUAGCCCCGUCCUGGAAAUCGGGCCUGUGGGCCUCAACCUGUUGAAGCCGGUCAUCAUGUCUUUCCAGCAUUGUGCCAGCCUUCAACAUGGCCAUUGGUCUCUCUCUGUCCUUCAAGCCGAUCCCGUCACCGAUAGUCGCCCGCAGUGGACGCCGAUCGUGCACCUGGGGAAAGAGACGAUCGCGACACCGGCUUUCGCCCAGUUGGACGCCUCCACCUGCCACCUGGUGGUGGAGAGAUUCUCGUGUUACGCUCUAGUCGGACAUUCGACGGGGGCCAACGGGAUGGGGGUGAAGUCCCUGCUCCUGGCUCCCUUCGUGGCCUAUUCCUCGCCCUUCGGCGCUCAGGACGCGAGCAUUCGGCUCUACUGCCUCGAGGACACGCAGUCGUCGCUCCAGGGCGUGAUCCAGUCGGAGAAGAAACUCGGAGGACGACUCGUUCAAGACCCGACAGCCUUCCUCUUCCAAGACGGAGGCGGGGGCCUCCAGGUGCAUAUGGAUGUGCUCGCCGGUCCCUGGAGGCCGAAGCCGCACUCCGCGCAACAGGAGAUCCCGUUCAGACACAUCUGGGACUGUCGUCAGAGCGGGCUGCACUGUUCCUUCAGUCUGGAGCUGGUGGACCCGGUGGGAGGGAGCGACGGGAGCGUGGACAUCACGCUGUCGAUAUCCCAGAGCCACCCGCUGCCCCCGACGGCGUCCCCGCUGCCGCUGCCGAGGAGGAAGACGCUGAAGGUGGCCUUCAGCCUUCCCCACGGCCAUCCCGGUGAAAGCCCGAUCCUGCCCCUGAGGAACGCGAGCGUGGUGACCACCAGCAGCGGCUUCUCGAGCGACGCGACCUCGGCGUUCCGGCUGUCCCCCGGGGUGAAGAGGGAGCUGUGUCGGGCGCUCGAUCCGCCUCAUUCCGAUUGGCGGCGACUUCCUCAGCUCCUCGGCAUGGACAGGUACGUGGAGUACUUCGGAGCGAAGAGGAGCCCGACCGAGGCGAUCCUGGACUUGUGGGAAGCGAGGGGCUCGGGACUGAACGAGCUGGUCAGCGCAUUCCGCCUCAUGGCACGUCCCGACUGCGCCGAAGUCCUGGAUAAAUACUCCUCGUGGCUAUGAGUCACUCCCGACCAAAGAUCUCUCUAUAUCGCUCUUCUCUCGAUCAAUCUUCAUCGAUCAAUCGAAAUCAAAAGCCCGUUCUUGUCUUCUUUAUGCCCCACUUCUCAGCUGUGAUACGAUGGAGCUCGUGUG